AUGCCAGAAGUCUCCACUGACAUCUCCCGCAAAUUCAUGCAGUGGUCGUAUAUGGAAGAACCUCAACGUAAGGUGGGGUUGUCCUUCUCCGAAGCACUAGAGCUCUGCGGCGUGGCCAUAAUAUAUCGCAUCCCCGCUCUACAACAUCAGCGUUCCGAUAUACUCAGGAAAGAUCUCGCAUCCAAGCUCUGGAAACUGGGACCAACCGAGGUCCGAAGAAUACUGGCAUUGGCUCAACCUGAAUCCUGGUUACGUCGACUUCUGGGUGCCACACUAUGUGCGAAUCAUAUCCCGAACUGGCCAAGGAACGGAAGCGAUCCGAUCUCAUGGGGCUACGAGUUGAAGGUGUCAAAACGGGAGACGCAUGCCACUUCCACGAUCACGAGACAUUCGGUACUCAAGUUGAGGAACCGAACCUCACGACUUGUCCCUAUCUCGACCACGAACCUUUAUCCGGCAGACAUGCUAGAGGAGAAAAUCAAGAAGAAGAUCAAGAAGAACAAGAAGGGGAAGGAAAAGACAAUGAUGGAGGGCAAUGCUCUGGGACUCAUUUGGGAUGAAGUGCCUCGAAGUCGUCACCUGAAGUAG